CUUCCCCAAAUGUUUGCACCUCCAUCAAAGCGGCGGGGCAAGCUCCGGAGGAAGGGACGAGCGCAUUUGGCCCGGCUUUGGGAUGCGCCGCGCUCGUCUCGCCGCAGUAGUGCUGUUCUCGCGCCUCCGAUGCCUCAACUCUCCAGUCUGGCAGUUUCCGGUGCACCUGUCCCCACACGUCCCUCGCCCACGGAGCCCCAGGCGGCGUCACGAACACCCAGGAUCGUGGAUCAGCCCGCCCCGGCGUCGGGUGUCCCCGCGGCUCUCACCAUCUGGAAAAGGAAGGACUUCAUGCCGAGGUCUGCGCGCGCAUCGAGUGUGCCAGGCGUGUGCGUGGUUUCUGCUGUGUCAUUGCUUUCGCUGAAGAGAGAAUGUCUGAAGCAUUGAAGAGUAUGACCCAGGAAUUGAACCACCCAAGUCGGAGCAGGUAGAGGUUGGAAGUCACCGACUUUGGCCAGCACUUGUGUAGUGUCACCUGCCUUCACUUUCUAGCGUUUAUUUUUCCUCCUCUUUCUGUGGCUGAUUUUCUGAUCUUUGUUCCUGGGUUCCCAGGACCAGGCCCACUCCCUCCGCCUUUUCAGCGAAGGCUGCAGUGCAUGACAGUUUACAGCCAAAAACUUCCUCCAGCCCGGCUAUAAAGAAUUCCCAGUUAAUAACAAUGUGCUUCCUUGGGAGGAAAGAGGGGCUGAGGCACCGACAGCUGUUUCGCUCCCAGGGUCUAUCUCUUCUUGGGAAGCCCAGCCAUUCAGAGAAAAACAAGACAAAGCCUUAUGGCUGGGCCUCAGGGUGCAACUGUCCCACCGAAAACGUGCUUGAAACAUUUUAUAAGAAAACGCACACACACACCCCACUCAACUCCCAGAGAGGGAGUUUUCCUGGGCCCAAUCCCUUCUGAAAAAGCAAAGCCAUUUAUCUUUAGGAGCAGGCAACAAUGAAGCUGUAACAGGCUCAAGGAGGGGUGGAGGACAGCCUCACGUGACUCUUACCCCACCCUCUAGUCCCUUUCUUUCUGCAAGAAAAAAAUGAAUUUCUUUUCUGAUUAUAUAUGUACUCCUUGUAGAAAUAUUAUAUAUGUAUCUGUCUUCAUAUAUAUGUAAAACAGUCACCCACAGUAUCUGUGGGGGAUUGGUUCCAGGACCUACAAAGAUGGCAGAAUCCAGGGAUGCCCUAGUCCCUUGGCAUGGUGUUUGCAUAUAACCUAUGGACUUCCUCCAUGAACUAUAAAUCACUUCUGGAUUACUUAUAAUACCUAAUACAAUGUAAACGCUAUGCAAAUAGUAGUUAUACUGUAUUGUUUUUUAUUUGUAUAAUUUUUAUUCUUUGAUUAUUGGGGAGAGGGAGUUUGGAAUGUUUUCUAUCAAUUCACCCAACCACGGAUAUGGAACCUGUGGCUAUGGAGGGCUGGCUGUAUGUUUAUCUCUCUCUAUGUAUAUAAAUGCUAACCUCAAGCACUAAGCAAUGUUCA